AUGGCUCCCGUAACCGAAGUACCCCGAAAGGUCGAAUGGAACGGCAAGCAGGUUCCGGUCUACCCUAUGGAGACAAUCGACUUCUCUGCGAUCCUCUCCCAAGAGCCUGCCGAGCUGGAGAAGCUUCUCCAGUGCUGCAAAGAGCAAGGUUUCUUCUACCUGGAUCUCAACAACGUUGAUGGACGUCGGUUCAUUGACGACCACCAGGAGCUGUUGAAGCUUAUGCAUCGAUUUUUUGAGUCUCCUCUUGAGGUUAAGAACGAAUAUGGACUGAUAGCUCCUCAUCUUGGAUACGAGCCAGUUGGUUCGCGCAACGGCGUUCUCGAGGACACACGGGAUGGCUACGAGAUGGUGAAGGUAUCUCGCGAUGAGAUUCAACGCGAGUCCCCUCACAUUCCUCGCAACAUCAAGAAUAGCGGUGAUCUCAAGAUCCUUGAGAAUGCCAUCUCUGGCAACAACAUCAUGGGGAAAGCCAUUCUGGCAGCUCUCUCGACGGCGUUCGGCCUUACUGGUGCUGCGCGCUUUGAAAACUUGCAUCGCAACCACCGCCCUUCGACAAGCACUUUGUCCAUGAUGCACUAUAUCCCGUCCAACCCUGCUAAGGACGGUAACGUCGGUCACCAGAAGCAUACUGACAUCAGUUCGUUGACCGUACUCUUUACUGAGCAGUGGGGUCUCCAAAUCCGCCCACCCGGCAGCAAGGAAUUCGGCUUUGUCGAGCCCAAGAAGGGUCAAGCUAUCAUCAACGUCGGUGAUUCAUUGCGCUUCGCUAGUGGCCACACUUUCCAGUCGUGCAUUCACCGUGUUGUGCCGUACAACUACAGCGAACAUCGCUACUCCGUUGCAUACUUUCUGCGCGCUGAGGACGAGACCAUGUUCCAGGACAGCGAGGGCAGAUUCGUUACAGCACGCACGUGGCACGAUGAGAAGUUCUUGGCUUUCCUUGCAUCGCCUGCAGACCAGGCUGCUGCUCCAAGCUCUAUGUUGUUGGGCGGCAUGCAGGAGGAUGAGACUGAUGUUUACAGCCUGCCUCAACCAAAGCCUGUUGCUGCGGACGCGGCCAAGAGCUCUACUGUCGAAGUGACCACCGUUGAGAUUAGUGCUUAG